AUGGCUACCACCCCAGCCGACCCACCACUGGACGAGAUCGUGCACCGCCGACCAGACAUGAUACAGUGGUGGCUCGACCCCGAGCAAUACAAACCCGGCGUGGAACCACCACAUACGUACAUGGAAGAACGCUUCAUCCACCGCUACUUCUCCGAGUCCCCCUUCUUCGACCCCACCACGAAAAACGGCUUGCUCUUUGGACAAUCGGCUGUCAACUUCGAGACCUACGAGCUCGUCCACAAUGCUGCUCGGCUGGAGGGCAUCCUGCGAAACCGACCAGGACUGGAGUAUGUGAUUGCUGAGAAGCCUCUACAGGUCCCCACGUAUGAGCAGAAGCCAGCUCAGCCGAGUGGGGUGUGGGUCCUGAGGGAACAGCAGAGGUUGGAAGAUCAGACGGGUGCAACGCGAGACUCACCUUACCCGAAUACGGAGACGAGAGGGACGUAUUAUAUCGUCAACGAGAGUGUGUACCAGGCACCGAGUGUGGCAGACGUGGUUGGGAACAGGAUGCUGAGUGCUGUGACGAGUCUGGAGAAGAUGUUUGAGAGGACUGCUAGCCUAUCAUCUUUCACGCCUACUACUGGUCAUACGUAUCUUCCACCCCGAACGACCUCAACUGCAACGGCCACAGCAGGAGGGUCCACACAAGGAUCACCGAAUGGAUCUCGAGAAGGUAGUGUGGUGCCUGGUGCAUCUGCAGACACACAGUCGCUACGCUCAGGCUCCUUAGCACCCGAACUUGCAACAGCUGGCAACACCACAGACAACGACUUCCACACCGCCCGCAUCCUCGUCGACAGCCUCCAAAAAUCCAUGCAGUUCAGCGAAGAAUACAUGGACGAGAACCCCCUCGUCGGCGAACCCGGAAACUUCCGCUUCACCUCCUCCGCCGCAGCAGUCAAGAAGCGCAAAGCAGAUGAAGAAGCGGCACUAGUCGCAGCGCGUAAAGCCAAGGAAGCCAAGGAGACUUCUUCUUCUUCGACUGCUGCGAGUCCGAAAGUGGUCAAGGCGCCUACGCCACCGCCUGUUUUCACUGAGGCGAGAGCGGCGGCGAAGACGGAUAAGGAUAAGAGGGAGGAGAAGAAGAGGAGGAGGAAGAGUCGGCCGAAUGCUGGGGGAAAUACUACGCCCAGCACGCCGAAGGGGGCGUCUAGUGCUAUUACGCCGAAGGGUACUGGUUGA